AUGGCCGAUCUCGGUGGUUAUGUCAACAUCUGCCAACUUUCGCACCUCUCCACCCAUACACGUUUCGCUCUGACACUGCGAACACAGUCUUCGUCCAACCAAUAUCACCGACUCUUGCUCUUCCGCUUGAGUCCGCUCGUCGAAGAUGGUACCCCGGAGCUCUACUGCAUGGAGUCGACCUGUCCGCAUAUGGGAGCCCCUCUCUCGCAUGCACCCCUCAGCGUCGAUCCCUCCAAGGAGGAAGUGUCACGAUCAGAGAAUGUGUCACCGGACGUAGAAGAUGUUGACCAGAAUGAGCAGGACCUUAUCGAUCGUACCCUCAAUAUCGCCCUCGCUCCGGAGCUAGCCUCGGAAGACAUCGAAGACCUGAUUGGAAGCCGAACCAUCACCUGUCCAUGGCAUCAUUACGACUUUGACCUGGUCACUGGUGAAAGUCCUGUGGGGAUUCAGGCAUGUGUCUACGACGUCAAGGUCGAAAAGGGGAAUGUGUGGGUGAAAGGACCAGAGCUGGAUGAGGGUGACGAGUGGGAGGUUGUCGAGGUCAAAGGGGUCAGCGAAGAGUUUGCCGAUCCACCUCCGGCAAGGCAUCAUGAAGUAACAUCAAUAGCAAAUAGCAGCAGGAAACCUACGGUCAACAAAGCGACGUCUUCUUCAACCGAACUCCCACCUUUACCUCGAACGCUCGUACAAGCAGCCAUCCUGAUCCUCAACACUCCCAACCCCUUGCACAAGAUCGAGCUCACCCGCCAGGCCAACCGCGCACUCCGUCAAGGUACCUUCCAGAGUAUCCUCCCAACGAAAAAGGACCUUUCGCUCGUUCGUGAGACGUUCGAUAAGGCUAGAUACGAGGGUGAAGGUAUCCGCGGAUUUACACCGCCGAGGGAAGGGUUGAAGGAGGUCGAGCCCUGGAUAGGAGGCAAGAGGGGGAAGGGUGGGAACGAGAAGAGUAGGAUAUUGAUGAUUCAUGCCCUGGCGAACAUCGAGCAAUGGGCUAUCGAUCUUGCUUGGGAUAUAAUCGCUCGAUAUGCUGAAUUCGAAAUCGACGGGGAAAGAUUGCCAGUGGAAUUCUUUUUGGACUGGGCUAAGGUAGCCGAGGAUGAGGCCAAACAUUUCUCGUUGUUGAAGACUCGUCUAGAAGAGCUCGGGUCAUAUUACGGCGCCCAUACGGUCCAUGCGGGUCUGUGGGAGAGCGCGCUGGAUACGCAGGAUGACUUGUUGGCGAGGCUAGCUAUCAUCCAUCUGGUACAUGAGGCUAGGGGUCUGGAUGUCAACCCGAUCACGAUCAAAAAGUUUGAAAAAGCCGGCGACAUCGCGAGCAGCAAGAUGAUGGAGAUCAUCCACUUCGAUGAGAUCACUCAUGUCACUACCGGACAUCGAUGGUUUACCUACGUAUGCAGCAAGAUGGACAUCGACCCCGUCAGCCAGUUCCGGCAGCUCGUCAAGCAGAACUUUGCCGGGAAGAUAAAAGGACCAUUCAGCGUGGACGAUCGUGGCAAGGCGGGAAUGUCGGGAGAGUGGUAUGAGAACCUGGAAGGGCAUGGACAUAGGCUCGAUACCCAAGCAGGAGGCGAGGGGGACGAAAGGGUCCAUCCGAGGUUGACGUGA